AAAGUGUAAAGACUUUGCUAAUAUACACGUUGAUGGUGGUCAUCGUUAUUUUAUUAUGGUAUAAAUAUUCGUCGACAGGCUUUCAUGAAUCUCCAUCGCUAUCACAUCAAACCAUCUCUGCAAAUAACUCUGGAGAAAAGAGGACGAAAUUCAUUUUCAUAUUUGCUUAUGAACGCUCUGGGUCCUCAUUCCUCGGUAGUUCGUUGAACCAUACAAGAGAUUCGUUUUACGUCUAUGAGCCCCUGCAUCCACAGCAUGCCAAGAAGAUGACUUUUCCAAGGCAACUCUCUGGAAUUGAUCCAGAACUCAUUGAUUUAGAGGCUAGUGUUUAUAACAACAUUCAAGAUUGUGACUUAGACCAUCUUCCGGCUGAUGUAGACAUUAUGAAGGAUGACUUGAUAGGAAGAAAUGCAAAAAUCCGCAUAAGUGUGUUCACAAACUGUAUGAAGCAAAUAGUUGCAAAUCCAAAAGCCUUGACUGAUACGUGUAGACAGCUUGCGAUGACAUCCUGUAAAUCUAAAUCAGUUGUGUUAAUGAAGGUGGUGCGAGGAACAAUGGAUGCUGUAAGUCUGUACCUAAGCAGGUUGAAAUCUACAGCACAUGUUAAAAUCAUCCAUCUCAUGCGCGACCCACGUGGUAGCAUAAAUAGUCGAUUAAGAACAGGGUGGACGGGAUUUAAAGAAUUGGACCUUGACAACCAAGUGAAGAUGAUACAUUCAAUAUGUGAACGGAUGUAUCGUGACGUAACUUUAAGAAGGAAAUUAGAGGAGAAAUAUCCAAAUGUAUUCCUUCAAAUCAAAUACGAGGAUCUGACAAACGAUCCUAUAAAAAUGUUUCAGCAAAUAUAUGAUUUCAUUGGGGAAGCGCAAUUUCCAGAAUCACUGAAGAAGAAAUUAUUAGUAUCUAAAACACAUUCACGUAGAAUAGCAGCACUUUGGAAGAUCACCAUGAGUAAAACAAUUGUGGAUGUUGUUGUAAACAAUUGUGAAAGCAUAUUAAAUCAUUUAAAGCAUGAUACAUUUUCAUCGAAUAAAUAAAUCAUUUGUACUUUA